CCCGCCCCCCGAGGCGGAAGCGGAGUGCCAGGCUACUCCUCCCGCAGUGUGGGUGGUUCCGAGGCUGACUACCCUGCGGCGGUGCGGCUCGCAGUCCUUCUCAGCAUGGACCGCACUUGUGAGGAGAGGCCCGCUGAGGAUGGGAGCGACGAAGAGGACCCAGACUCCAUGGAAGCCCCAACCCGGAUCCGGGACACUCCGGAAGACAUCGUGCUGGAAGCUCCUGCUAGUGGGCUGGCGUUCCAUCCGGCCCGUGAUCUACUGGCUGCAGGGGACGUGGACGGGGACGUAUUCGUCUUUUCCUACUCUUGCCAAGAGGGAGAAACCAAGGAGCUCUGGUCAUCGGGUCACCAUCUCAAGGCCUGCCGAGCUGUGGCCUUCUCUGAAGAUGGGCAGAAGCUCAUUACUGUCUCCAAGGACAAAGCCAUCCAUGUUCUAGAUGUGGAGCAGGGCCAACUGGAAAGACGUGUUUCCAAGGCUCAUGGUGCCCCCAUCAACAGUCUUCUGCUGGUGGAUGAGAAUGUUCUGGCCACUGGGGAUGACACAGGUGGUAUCCGUCUCUGGGACCAGCGGAAGGAGGGCCCCUUAAUGGAUAUGAGGCAACAUGAAGAGUACAUCGCAGACAUGGCUCUGGAUCCAGCCAAAAAGCUGCUGCUGACAGCCAGCGGGGAUGGCUGCCUUGGCGUCUUCAACAUUAAGAGGCGUCGGUUUGAGCUGCUCUCAGAACCUCAGUCUGGGGACCUGACCUCUGUCACUCUCAUGAAAUGGGGGAAGAAGGUAGCCUGUGGCUCCAGUGAAGGUACCAUCUACCUCUUCAAUUGGAAUGGCUUUGGGGCCACAAGUGACCGCUUUGCCCUGAGAGCUGAAUCUAUCGACUGCAUGGUUCCAGUCACCGAGAGUCUGCUGUGUACUGGCUCCACUGAUGGAGUCAUCAGGGCUGUGAACAUCCUACCGAACCGAGUGGUGGGCAGUGUGGGCCAGCACACUGGGGAGCCUGUGGAGGAGCUGGCCCUCUCCCACUGUGGCCGCUUCCUGGCCAGUAGUGGCCAUGACCAGCGCCUCAAGUUUUGGGACAUGGCCCAGCUGCGAGCUGUGGUGGUGGAUGACUACCGUCGGCGCAAAAAAAAGGGAGGACCACUGCGGGCUCUGAGCAGCAAGACUUGGAGCACCGAUGACUUCUUCGCAGGAUUGAGGGAAGAGGGAGAAGACUCCAUGGCUCAGGAAGAAAAGGAGGAGACUGGGGAUGACAGUGACUGAAGGAAUGAAUUGAAUCUUGAGACGGGUCCUCACCAGGGUGCCUGUGGAGAAAGAAUGGAGUCACUGUUUAACCAUGGUACCUGCCUCAGCCCCAGCAGACCACAGGAGGUUGGCCCCAGACUCACUGAGUGCCUGCAGCAGCCGUACAGACACAGCAUCCUUGGCCACCUCAUGCCCAUCCCGGCCAUCUAGGGUCAGCACAACCCAGAUGAGGCCGCUGAAGGGCACCGGAUGCCCAGGAAUCACCACCUGGUACCAGAAGCGGUGCCAGCCAGCAGGUCCUAUGCCCAAACACUUGGUGAGGAACACAGGGCUGCCCAGCUUCAUUCGUUGGCACAGCAACUGCAGGGUAGCCCGAGCCCCUUGGAACCCUAACUUGUCCCUUGCCAAAGCCAACUGGCUGCCCUCUGGCUGUGGGGACCGCAAGAAGGGACCCACAAGCUGCUGGCGAAGUCGCUGCUUCAGGUCUGGCUUGAGCCACUCCACAGCCACCUGCUCUCCACAGAGGUGUGACUGCCCUGUAGGAAAAAUGCAAAGACAAGGGCAGGUCUAAACCCUGGGCCCAAGCCUCCAGGUUGUGAGCCCUUUGGAGCUACACAGUCCUGUAAUUUGUAGCCUUCCCAUUUCCUGGUAGUGUGACCAUGGGUAAGAAAAGACAAUGAAGCCUUCAGCCUCCAUUAUUUGCAAAGGGAGUAUAUAACACACUGCUACCUUACAAGUUUCCUUGGAGAAGUACUGGUUAAUUGCAGGCUUUGUCUGCCUCAUAACCAUCAUAAUGGCUAAUCUUUACUGGGAAAACUUGCUGUAAGUCAGUCAGUGUGCUAAGUACCGUACACCCAUUAUGUUACUUAAUUCUCCUAACAGUCUGAGGAAACAGAUUCUAUAGUAGUAAAAAGCUCAGUUGGAUUCCCUUGAGCAAAUCAAUUUCUCUAACAGUUUCCUCAUAGCUUGAGGGUCCUGUGCCUAUUUUGCGGUGUGGGAGUGGGGGAAGGUUGAGAAUUAAGUCAGGAGGUAAUGCUCGGAAAGUGUCACAAAUUUAGGUAAGCGGUGGUGGUAGCACCAUUGGAAGUUUUAAAAAUCUGAGAUCAAAUAGUAAAAGGUUGCAAAUUCUGGCA